GGCGCUGCCCUGUAGAUGAAGUCACUCCCUGAGCAUGUAGCCGGUUCACAACACUGGGCUGUUGUCACUCAAGGUGCAGCUGAUUGAACAAUGUACGAGCAAUGUCUGAUGUUGAGGCCACAUAUGCAGACUUCAUCGCUUCGGGCAGGACGGGACGGAGGAACGCCAUGCACGACAUCCUUCAGAGUCCCACGGAUCCUGAGGGACGUGAGAUGCCCCUCACGCUGUCCCUGUCCCAACUACACAUCAAUGCUGGAGGGGGAGAAGGCGAUGAAGCAGAGGACGGCCAGAGCGUCUCCUCAGCCCAGAGGGAGGCUGGGCAGAGGAACAGCUAA